AUGGCAGCAAAAUUAGGAAAUGGGAAGACUUGGCCGGCCAAUGUGGUGUUGUGCUUCUUCUUGUUGUCUGUACACAUGAACGAAGGUCAAGACACAGUCAACAAUGGCCAGGAAGCUACUUCUAGUCAGAAGCUUGAGGUUGAUAAGCUUUUGAGGAAAUUGAAUAAACCAGCCGUCAAGUCUAUAAAGAGUCCUGAUGGAGACAUAAUCGACUGCGUCUCAAUCCUGAAUCAACCAGCUUUUGAUCACCCGAAACUCAAAAAUCACAAAAUUAAGAUGAGGCCAACUUUCCGACCUGAAGUAAAGAUAGAACGCAAAAUGUCUUCAAAGUCGAAGCCAAUUGUUCAGCCAUGGCACCAGGUUGGAAGUUGCCCAAAUAGAACCAUUCCUAUAAGAAGAACAAGAAAGGAGGACAUCCUGAGGGCAAGCUCUAUCCAACAAUUUGGGAAGAAGAAUCUCAAAACUGUCCCUCUUCGUUCACAUGUUGCUCGUCAAGGUGGCCACGAGUAUGCUUCAGUUUUUGUGAAAGGAGAAAAAUAUUAUGGAGGGAAAGCAACUAUGAGCGUGUGGCAGCCUGCUGUUCAAAAGGAUGAGUAUAGUAUCUCUCAAAUUUGGGUUAUAAGUGAUGCUGACAGUAACAAUCUUAACACUAUUGAAGCUGGCUGGCAGGUGCACCCACAACUAUAUGGGGAUAACGCGACCAGACUGUUCACCUACUGGACUAGUGAUUCAUAUAAAAGCACCGGAUGUUAUGACCUUCUUUGUUCUGGGUUUGUUCAACUUGAUGCUGGAAUAGCUGUGGGAAGUCGCAUCACACCAUUAUCUGUCUAUGGUGACGCUAAUUCCCAAUAUGGUAUCACCAUCAUGAUCUGGAAGGAUGUGAGCAACGGAGACUGGUGGAUGCAAUAUGGUGAAGAUAAAGUCAUGGGAUAUUGGCCUUCGUCUUUGUUCUCACACUUAUCUGAUAGUUCAACAGCGAUACAGUUGGGAGGUGAAGUAGUAAACUCAGAAUCAGAAGGCCAGCACAGCACAACGCAAAUGGGAAGUGGCCAUUUUCCUUCAGAAGGUCAAGGGAAAGCUGGCUACUUCAUCAACAUUAAGUAUAUUAACGGCCAAAACCAACUCGUGCCUGCUGGUAACUUGGUCCCUUACGUUCAUCAUCCCAAUUGCUAUGAUCUCCGAACUGAUCAUAAUGAUGAUUGGGGCAACUUCUUCUUUUAUGGCGGACCUGGAAGAAACCCUAAUUGCCCAUGA